AAAAAACACCACAGGAUGGUGGAACUGAAAAGGGUAAAGACAUGGACAUCAGAGAAAUGGCAUCAUCCUCAGAUGAAGAUGACACUUCAGUUAGCACACCACCAGCAGAUGGGAUGUCUAAGGCAGCGGAAAGAAAGGAUUCAGUAUGGUCUAUUGGAGAAAGCCCUCCAGAAGAGACAGAAAAACAUGAUGACUCCCAAAGAUCUACUUUAUUCAUUGAAAAACCUCAGAGUGGUUCAGUGAGUGUUGGUGGGAAUAUUACAUUUAUAGCCAAAGUAGAAGCCAAAGAUCUUCUCCGAAAGCCAAAUGUUAAGUGGUUUAAAGGAAAAUGGAUGGACCUGGCCAGCAAAGCAGGGAAGCACUUGCAGCUGAAGGAGUCAUUUGAGCGUCACACAAAGAUUCACACAUUUGAGAUGCAUAUCAUUCAAGCUAAGGAGAAUUAUGCAGGGAACUAUCGCUGUGAGGUUUCUUAUAAGGACAAGUUUGACAGUUGCUCUUUUGACCUUGAAGUCACUGAAUCCUCUCAAGCCGCUCCAUCCAUUGACAUCAGAUCUGCUUUCAAAAGAAGCGGUGAUGGACAAGACGAUGCAGGAGAACUUGACUUUAGUGGUCUCCUGAAACGUAGAGAAAUCAAACAGCAAGAAGAAGAACCUGAGGUGGAUGUGUGGGAGCUCCUGAAGAAUGCCAAUCCCAGUGAAUACGAGAAGAUUGCUUUUCAGUAUGGUAUCACUGACCUGAGAGGCAUGUUAAAGCGUCUGAAGCGCAUGCGGAGAGAGGUGAAGAAGAGUGCAGCAUUUUCCAAAGGACUUGAUCCUGCAUAUCAGGUGGAUAAAGGAGGCAAAGUUAGAUUCAUGGUAGAGCUAGCAGAUCCAACAGUGGAACUCAAAUGGUAUAAAAAUGGCCAAGAAAUACGACCAAGUGCAAAAUACAUUUUUGAGCACAAAGGUAACCAGCGAAUUUUAUUCAUCAAUAACUGUACAAUGACAGAUGAUGCUCGCUAUUAUGUAACAGCUGGUGAUGAGAAAUGCUCCACAGAACUGUUCGUGAGAGAUCCUCCAAUUUUGGUGACCAAAGGCCUGGAGGAUACCAAUACCUAUGUUGGUGAACGUGUAGAACUGAGCUGUGAAGUGUCUGAGGAUGAUGCCAAUGUUAAAUGGUUUAAGAAUGGUGUAGAGCUUACCAAUGAACCUAAAUCUCGGUAUCGAAUCAAGGUUGAGGGUAAAAAACAUACUUUGAUUAUAGAGGAGGCAGCAAAAAAUGACAACGCAACUUACUCAGUAAUGACAACAGGAGGCCAAUCAGAAGCUAAGCUUUCUGUUGAUUUGAGACCACUGAAGAUAUCACUUGCACUAGAGGACCAGACAGUGAGGCUUGGACAGGAAAUCCACCUGAAAUGUGAGAUAUCUGAGAAUGUGGAAGGGAAAUGGUAUAAAAAUGGACAAUUGAUUGAAGCUAGUGACCGUGUAAAGCUUUAUCACAAAGGAAGAAUCCACAGAUUUAUUAUAGCAAGUGCUGCUGUUGAUGAUGAGGGUGAAUACAUGUUUGUACCAGAUGCUUACAAUAUUAAUAUUCCAUGCAAAGUACAUGUUGUGGAUCCUCCUAAACUUCACCUUGAUGGUCUUGGAGAAAAUAACACUGUGACGGUAGUGGCAGGAACCAAACUACGACUUGAGAUCCCUAUCACUGGCGAGCCAACACCAAAAGUCAUGUGGAGUAAAGGGGAUAAGUGGAUCACAGACAGUGGAAGAAUACGUGCAGAAACAUACUCAGACAGCAGCUGCCUGGUCAUUGACACAGCUGAGAGAGAAGAUUCAGGUCCUUUCAGAAUAACAUUAAAGAACGAAGCUGGGGAGGACUCAGCCCUUAUCAACAUUAAAGUAGUUGAUGUGCCUGAUCCUCCUCAGGCACCAAAUGUGACUGAAGUGGGUGAAGACUGGUGUGUUAUGACAUGGGAACCUCCAGCAAAUGAUGGUGGAUCACCCAUCUUAGGAUAUUUCAUUGAAAGGAAAAAGAAACAAAGCUCACGGUGGAUGAGGCUGAAUUUUGAACUGUGUAAAGAAACAACCUUUGAGCCAAAGAAGAUGAUUGAAGGUGUUGCUUAUGAGGUCCGUGUAUUUGCUGUUAAUGCAAUAGGCACUUCCAAACCCAGUAUGCCUUCAAAGUCUUUUGUUCCUUUAGCUGUUACCAGUCCACCAACUCUCCUGGCAGUGGAUUCAGUAACUGAUACCUCAGUUACGAUGAAAUGGAGGCCACCGGACCACAUUGGAGCAGCAGGUUUAGAUGGCUAUGUUGUAGAGUACUGCUUUGAAGGAACUGGAUUCUCACAAGGUAUAUCGACAGAUCAGUCUGAGGAAUUGAUGGAGCCACCUUUCAACCUGGAAGCUGAUGAGUGGAUCGUCGCUAACCCAGAACUGACAGACAAAACAAAGUUUACAAUCAAUGGUCUGCCAACUGGCUCAAAAAUCCUUGUGAGAGUAAAAGCGGUGAAUGCUGCAGGUGAAAGUGAACCUAGGUACCACCCACAGCCUAUCUUAGUCAAGGAAGUGAUAGAACCUCCAAAGAUUCGCCUACCAAGACACUUAAAACAAACCUAUACUAGAAGAGUCGGAGAAACUGUAAAUCUUGUUAUUCCUUUCCAGGUAAGAACUAAAAACACUGACAGGAAAACACUCAAUACUCAUUUUUCUUAUGCUACUGCUUCUUAUCUUCUUUUUCUCUAUGUAAAUUUGGGAGUCAAGUGAGUUCAUUCAAAUAGA